CCUUCAACUUGGGCUGCGGCUUCUCCUGCCAGUUCCAUUUACCCCUCGGAUCAGGUAGGUUUGCGAUCAAUCCAUCGUUCGGAUUAGGGUUAGAUACAUUAUGCUCGAAAAUUUGAGUAUUAGGCCUUUGGGCGUUACCCUCAAAACAAUAAUAUGAUGCCCAAAAUUUUGCUCUAAAAGUAGCAUUAAGCUGAAAUGAUAUUGGCUAUAUUGAUGCCUGUUUCCAUGCCUGCAGUCAAAAAACAUAGCCCAAAAGGGAAAUCCUCACUUCCGUUCCGUUGUUCUGGUUUGCACGAGAACAUAGCGUCUGCUUCCGUUUUCGUUUCCGUUUCUUGGAUCCGACAAGUAUACCUUUAUGCCCACCCUUAACACACAUCGUUACUGAAUAUAAGUAUACAGCACUGGGUGCUAGUUCGAGUAUUUUAGUUAAUAUUAUUUUUUGUCUAAUCCAACAGGGACCUCAAAUGCCGACUGCGCAGUUGCCGGCGCCGGGCAACUGGCCGAGUGUUCAAACUCCAGGACCGUUCUACCAAGUUGCGUGGCAACCGCAACCGACAGAAACGGUUUACUGGGUUCCAGCGCAAUAUUUUUACUAUUAA